CACUGACAGUCCUACUAAUCUGUGUUUUCCGUAGCUCAGAGACUGAGAUCAUCUCCCAAAGCUUCAUCCUCCGCUUAACCAGAAACGGUGGGGCAAGCAAGCGUAAGACGCUCCUUUGCAAUCACUCUUAGCAGGCCCAAUUUAUGGCUUCUGCGUUCUGCUGCUUCUGCAAGCACUUCACGAGAAUAUAGGUACAGGGAGAGAGAGGGGUUUGAAUGGCUUCGGUUUCUCUCUUGCACUGAUGGUCUGGCCAUAUCGGAAGAGAAAGGCCGGAGAUUUCAUGGGUAGGCGGUACUGUGGAGCACAGAGAAAGUUUUCGUUUUAAUUUGGAAAAGGGAGAGAGAGAAGGGGGGGUUGAAAAGAGAGUGCGAGUCCUUAGCUGUCUUCCCUUGCUUUUCUAGCUUUCUUUGUCUUCUGUUCUGUAACCAAUUAGCAUAGCUUUCAUAUUUCUUUACCAACACUCAGAUUCAAUUCAAUUCAAUCCAACUUCCAUCUUCCUCCCUCAUCAUCCGCACAGUCCUUUCCUUUUUUUUCCCAUCUCCCACGGGAAUACUCUUUUUAGCACUUUCUUUCCUCUCACUUUCUUUUCUUUUUCUCUCACUUUCUUUCCUGCAGGAGCAACACUAGAGAGCCACUAAAGCAGUAGAGAGAGAGAGAGAGAUAAACGAAAAACAAAGAUUUGGUGGGUUGGACCUUGGAGUGGAAUCUGCUGCCAACCACCAAACCAAACCCAGACAUGGAUACUUAUGAUGCAACCAGGAUUGUGCUCUCCAGGAUCCAGAAUUUGGACCCUGAAAAUGCCUCAAAGAUCAUGGGCUUCAUCUUGCUUCAGGACCAUGUUGAGAAUGAAAUGAUUAGGUUGGCCUUUGGCCCUGAAUCUCUGCUUCACUCCCUCGUUCUCCAGGCCAGAAAAGAGCUCGGCUUGCCGUCAACCCCGUCGUCUCGACCUGCUUUUCUGCCACCGGUUUCUCUUUCUCGGCAGAAUUCGUCGUCCUCAAGGCACAAUCUUCCAUCUCCUCUUAGCAUCCCGAACCAGGCUUCACCCUUCUCGCCAUCUCUGGGCCCAAAAAGUCCAGAUUUUCUGUACCCACAACAGGGCUUGCCCAACUGGGAAGGCUCUUCUACUGCUAGUGGAUCAUUUGGUGGGAAGCCUUGUCUUUUCUAUGGUAGAGGCUACUGUAAGAAUGGAAACAGUUGCAGGUUCUUCCAUGCCGGCAUUACUGAUUCGGGCCCUGUGGUUGGGUCACCGGGCAAGUUCGAGACGAUGGAGCAGUGCCAAGAGCAGUUUCUCAGAUCUACGUCCGCCCAGCAACAAAGCCUGGCUGCUUCUACUUUUCCAUACUCUCCCGUGGCGGCAAACAGACCCAUGAAUCUCCUUCCCCAGCAACAACAAAUUGAUUCCCAAAGUGCGGCGGCGGCGGCGGCAUUGAUGAUGGGUGACGAUAUGCACAAAUUUGGCCCGUCCCGGAUUGAGAGGAAUGAUUAUCCGAUGAACCCAGCUUCAAGACAGAUCUACUUGACUUUCCCAGCUGAAAGCACGUUUAAUGAAGACGAUGUGUCGAGAUAUUUCAGUAAUUAUGGGCCAGUUCAGGACGUGAGAAUUCCGUAUCAGCAUAAGAGGAUGUUUGGUUUUGUGACCUUUCUCUACCCAGAGACAGUGCAAGCCAUCCUGACCAAAGGGAACCCUCAUUUUAUAUGCGAAUCUAGGGUUCUUGUCAAGCCAUACAAGGACAAGGGCAAGGUCCCCGACAAGAAGCAACAACAUAUGCCGCCAAUGGAGAAACUAGACUUCUUAGCUUCUGGUAGCCCAACGGACCUUGAUCCAAGAGGCCCCUAUGGCCCCCUCCCUGGAGCAAGGAUUUUGGGCAAUACCCAGGACACGAUGUGGAGGAGGAAACUAGAGGAGCAAGCUAACUUGGAGCAAGCGCUUGAGCUCCAGGGUCGAAGAAUGAUGGGUCUGCAACUUGUUGAUAUGAAUGGGCAAAACCACCAUUGGAGGCUCCCUAGCCCUGCUACUAUUCUGUCCCCAACUCACUCCAAAAUGGCUCUGAAUCAGGCACUCAUUCCUUCCGAUGGCAAAAGUCCAAAAAUGGCUGAAGAGAAGCAACUGGAUCAGACUAAGAAUGUGGGUGUGAAAGAGAAAGAAUCGUCUUUCAACAAUGGCACUGACCAGAAUGCCAUGGGCAAAGAAAGUCCCAAACGUAAUGAAGAAAGUGAUUUGCCAAAAGGCCCGGAACACAACCUCCCGGACAGUCCCUUUGCAUCUCCCAAAGCUGCCGGAGAAAAUUUGACGGCCUUCUCUGACACUGCCGGCACUGAAGAGAAGAAUGGCGUCCUCCGGGCAACAUCUGCCGACAACGACUUGAUCACUUCUCCCUUCAUUCCUGCAGCUUCUCUGAAAUCGUGUUACUAUCAAGUGCCAGUGCCAAGGUUCUCUAGUCAUGGAGCCAUUAAGAUGUAAAGGCGAUCAUCCGGCCAUUCUUGCCGGUAGGGCUUGAGCUUCCUGGAUUACAGGAAGAUCAGUAAAUAAUAGCCAAAAAACCAAGACCCAUAGAGAGAAACAGCCACCAGAACAGCAAUUGGUACCACCGCACUAUACUUACAGAGAUACAACUGGAUACAGAAAAGCCAGCCGAGGAAAUGGCCCGUCAGCCAUUUACGUUCACCUGAUCUCAAUUUGCAGCUGACGUACAGCACAGGGAGAAAAAAAGAAGGUAAACAAGAGGGCAAAACAUAUGCUUAAUUAGUUAAUUACUCUGCAAUUAAACAGGCAUAUAUAUAUAUAUAAUUAAGGAAGGGUAUAGAGAUAUAGAGAGUGAGAUGAGGUCGUUAGUUUCAGGUACAAAGGAAACUCUAUUUGCCAUCUUAUCUUGUUGUAAAAUCACCGUAUUAGAUGCUCUCAGGGAAUAGGCCAGCAGUAAGAUAAGUGAUAUGUCGAUAUCAAUUUAAUGGGUCAUGAAUUUAAAUCUCACCUUACGUAGUGAGGUGAAAUUUCAUACCUACGAUUUAUUUUUUCUGACGUAAUUGAGGGUACAAGUACUAGAGGGUGCACAAGAACGA